AUGAAGCUCCCUGCCCUGUUGUUUCUUCUUAUCAGUUCUACUACCUGCAUCAAUCUGAAGUAUAUCUCCAAGAGGAACUCGGUGGAUGGCUGCAUCGAUUGGUCUGUGGAUCUGAAGACAUACCAGGUGCUAGCUGGGGAACCACUGCGAGUAAAGUGUGCACUCUUCUACAGCUACAUCCGCACCAACUACAGCAUGGCCCAGAACGCCAAACUUCGGCUAAUCUGGUACAAGAACAAGGGUGAUUCAGAGGAGCCCAUCAUCUUUUCAGGCCACAGGCUCAGUAAGGAGGGAGACUCUAUCUGGUUUCGCUCUGCUGAGUUGGAAGACAACGGCUUCUACACCUGUGUGCUCAGAAACACUACAUACUGCAUGAAGGUGUCCAUGUCCUUAACAGUGGAGGAGAGCGAUGAAGGCCUCUGUUUCAGCAGUAAAAUUCGCCACUUGGAGAAGGCUGAGGUCACCAAAAGCAAGAUGAUCACCUGCCCAGACAUAGAAGACUACCUGGCCCCCUAUAAGCAACCUAUCAUGACCUGGUAUAAGGAGUGUCAACAGAAGACAUGGAGGAGCUCAAUCAUCAUCAACACAACCACUUUAUGGAUCCCAGAGGUGGAGGAAGAUGACGGGGGCAAUUACACCUGUGAGCUGAAAUAUGGAAGCCGGGUGGUGAGACGGACCACUGAACUCAAAGUCACAGCUCUGCUCACAACCAGACCACCAAAGGUCCUCUUCCCUACUGAGAGACAGGCCAGUGUUAUAGAUGUCCAACUGGGCAUGCCCCUCAGUCUGGACUGCAGGGCUUUCUUUGGCUACAGUGGAGAAUCCAGGCCUAUCAUCUACUGGAUGAAAGGAGAAAAAUUUGUGGAAGAGCUGGAAGGACAUAUCAGAGAGAGUGAAGUCAGGGUGAUCAGAGAGUACCUGGGGGAGAAGGAGGUGGAGCUGUCACUGACAUUUGAUGCAGUGGAGGAGACUGAUUUGGGCAACUACACGUGUUACGUGGAGAACCACAUUGGACGUGGGCAUGCCAGUGCCAUCCUUCAGAAGAAAGACAUGUACAGGUUGGAAUUGGCUGGUGGACUGGGUGCUAUCCUGCUAUUGCUGGGGGUUUUCACAGCUAUCUAUAAGUGCUACAAUGUGGAGAUAAUGCUCUGCUACCGACGACACUUUGGAAGCGAUGAGACAGAAGAUGAUAACAAAGAGUACGAUGCCUACCUCUCCUAUACCAAAGUUGACCUUGAGUCAGUGGAGCGGGAGGUGAGCGAGGAGGAGCAGUUUGCUUUGGAGAUUCUCCCUGAUGUUUUGGAGAAACAUUACGGCUACAAACUCUUCAUCCCUGACAGAGACCUCAUCCCAGGCAGCAUCUAUAUUGAGGACCUGACAAGGAGUGUGGAGCAGAGCAGGCGCCUUAUCCUUGUGUUGACCCCUGAGUUUGUGGCCAAGCGUGGCUGGAGCAUCUUCCAGCUGGAGACUCGACUGCACAACAUGUUGGUGAUGGGGGAUAUCAAGGUCAUCAUGAUCGAAUGUGCCGACCUCCGCAACGUCAUCAACUACCAAGAGGUGGAGGCUCUCAAGCACACCAUCAAAGUCCUGUCAGUCGUUAAGUGGCGGGGCCCCAAGAGCAACCAGCUCAAGUCCAAGUUCUGGAAGCAGGUUCUCUAUGAGAUGCCUGUCAAGAAAAAGGAGAUGCUCUCUCGCCGGCAGGUCCUGGACUCAGGCGAGCAAGGCCUCUUCGGUGACCUACAGGCCGUUUCCACCAUUGCCAUGACAGCCACUUCCGCCUCAUUGGCGCCAGCCCACGCCGAGAUCCCAGACUUUAACCAACCGGCACACCCACAAAUGCGGCACUUCUGUCGGAGCUACGAAUAUGAGAUGCCUGCUUCGCCCAUGCAGAUAGCUACUUUAAGUAACCGCCACAUGUACUGCAACAUCCCCAUGACUCUGCUCAAUGGACAGGUGACACAGAACAACACAAUCGGCAAGGGCAAACAAGAGAUUCACUUGAACAGCACGUUUGUACCGCUGUCUGGGCGAGAACUCACCAGUGAUAUCUGGUAG